CGUUAAAACAAAACAGAGAAUGCAACCGAAAAACAAAAGUCCUAUUAUGUAGCCGAUAUUUUUGCGUAUAAAGUUCAAACACAAACUUCGUUUUUCGGUUUUGGAUUCCAAAAACAGCUUUAAACAAACCGCAUUUUUUUUGUUUUGGUUAUUUCUCUGAUCUUUCUCUCUCACGAGAGCUCGCUUGCUCUGGUUUUACUUCCGAAGAAGUUUCAUGGCCGUUUUUCAACCGUUUCAUGGCUCAUGCAGUGACUGUUUAGUCUAGAAUCUGUUCCACUGAACUUGGUGUUGGGAGGGAUACAUUUGACUGUUGUGGUAAAAACUUCAGCAAUGGAGUACGGUGGAGGCUCGAAAAUAACCGGGAUUAGGCAGAUUGUGAGACUAAGAGAAAUAAUUCAUAAAUGGCAAAGUGUCACAAUAGGCGCAAGAACUUCCCGCCUAAAAAUUGAAGAAUCUCAGGGUAGCAGCAAAUCUCCAAUAAUCAACAAAAGAAUAACAAAUCUCAUAAGUUGUGACUCCGAUGACGAAAGCUGCAAAACUCCAGAACCACCACCUGAUGUGCCAAAAGGUUACUUGGCGGUCUAUGUUGGACCCGAGCUUCGACGGUUCAUCAUUCCAACUAGCUACCUUAGCCAUCCCCUAUUCAAACUGUUGCUUGAAAAGGCUGCUGAGGAAUUCGGAUUUGAUCAGAGCGGCGGGCUCACGAUACCGUGCGAGAUUGAGACCUUUAAAUAUCUACUCAAAUGCAUUGAGGCCCAGGAGAAAGAAGAACAACAUGAUGACAGCUUGUCUGGAAACUCAGAAACAGAAACAGAAACAGAAACAGAAGAAACCUUGGAAGAGUAAUUGUAGUUAUUAUUAUGAUCUCUGUUGAGGUUCACAUUCAUAGGAUGUCUUCAGGUGUAAAAGUGGUUCUCUCUGCUUCCAUUUUUUUAUUUUAUUAUAGUUUCUUAUGUGAAGAAUGAUAGAAUAUCAUAGUUAGAACAAAAAUUCAAGUUCCUUGGCAAUAAUUUGCUGGUGGAGAGGUUAUUGGACACUCACAUGCUUUUAUAGCUAAAAACAUUAUUUAUAUGAAGAGCUUUGAAUUUUGGACUA